GCUAUGAUUUUGAAUUCCAGACUUUCUUUUUUUCCCACAUCGUAGUAUUUCUAUUUUUAUGCUUUUGGUAUCCGUCACUGAUUAGGCAGCUGGGGGCGCGCGCGGACUCAUUGAAAAAGGGAGCGCGCUCUCGGAGACGGGUGCGCGCGAAGCGGUGUGCAGAUGUGUCGCAGAUUUUGUAAAGUCACUGGACGCACGGAGUGAGCCAGCUGGAGGAAGUCGCUCCAGGUAAAUUGGCCCCUAAACUGUCAGGAAAACAAAUUACGACUACGGAAGAAACGGGUGGAAGAGGACAGAACCGAGGGACCGCCGUCACAACCCGUUAACGUUAGCUUGGUUUGCAAAGGAGAAAGACGUUACUUUGACAGUUAAAAGCCAAGGGACGGCGGCGUGCACAGAGAUGGAGCUGUCAGCGAUUGGAGAGCAAGUGUUUGCUGUGGAAUCAAUCGUCAAGAAAAGAGUUAGGAAGGGGAAUGUGGAGUAUCUGUUAAAGUGGAAAGGAUGGCCUCCAAAGUAUAGCACAUGGGAGCCUGAGGAACACAUUCUGGACCAGCGCUUGGUGCAGGCCUAUGAAGAGAAAGAGCAGAGAGAGAAAACUUUGGGGCACAGGAGAAAAGGACCCAAAGCCAAAAGACUCAUUCUGCAGGAUACCGUCUACACCAUGGAUCUCCGCAGCGCCCACAAGACUCCAGAGCAACCUGGGCCUCGCCUGCGUCUCUCCCUGACGCGCUCUCUGCUCCCCGGUGACGACGAGGGUCAGUCGUACGGCACCUGCAGGCACCAGCCGCAACUGGCACAUCCAGGAAGCAGACCCAGCAGGUCACAGUUCACGUGCCUGGACUCAAACCCUCCAAGUCCCACACAGGAGGACUGGGAAGGCCGGGGGGAGGAGGAGGAGGAGGAGGAGGAGGAGGCCAAUGUAGAAAGUGAAGAGGAUAGAGAGGAGGAGGAGGAGAAAGAGAAAGAGGAGGCUCUAAAGGAGUCAUCAGAGAAGAGUGGAGGCACUUUAAAUGGACAGGAGAGGACAGACGGGUGGAGCUCCGCCCUCGGACCAGACGGUCUCACUGCAUCAGAGAAGCCGGACGACGCCUGGAGGCCCAUCGUCCGCCCAGGGGACGUGACCGUCACAGACGUCACCCUCAACUCCCUCACGGUGACUUUCCGAGAGUCGAGAGUAGCCAAAGGCUUCUUCAGAGACUGGGGGCCUGGAGGUCUGAUAUGUGAUGUCUGAGUAGGUCGGUAGGGAGGGAAACGGAGCCGCUGGUGUAAUCACAGUGAUGGUUGAGGGGCCAGGGUUUGUGUUUUUUUUAUCUCCCCUCGCUCUGUUCUUCCCCUUCCCCGCUACUUCCAGCCUGGUCAGUGGUACGUUUACAUGCACAGAGUCACUUAGACAUGAGCUCAACACCAGUUAAUGUUACGUUUAGGUCGAGCUAGUCACCUUUUCGAUAUGGUAGGACUGCCUUAACAUGACGCGCCAGACGGUUUGUUAACAACACAGAACCAUUUGAGAAGCCGUCAUUAGAACCUUUGGGAAAAGUGCAGGCACUUUCAAAAAAAAUACCAGGCAGGUGAUUGGAUGAACCAUCUGUCUAUCACGUCCACCAUUGCUGUUUUGAAUGAACAGUCACACACACCUAAACCACACCCGUAGCUGCCAGUAGCUCCUCACCGGAUGCUGAUUGGUUCGGGGCCGCUGCUGUUGGUUCAAGAAGGCAAUUACUUGAAGCCUGACAAGAUGGAUUUUUCGUGUGAUAUGUGAUGCGAGAAUCCAGCUGCUGGGCAAGGUGAGGACUGAGUUGCCUUGAGUGAAAGGGGUAUAUAUAUAUAUAUAUAUA